AUGAUCGACACUUGGUUAAUGCUUAAUGACACAGAUAAAUGGAUUGAGGGAUUAGAUAUAAUACAAUUUCAAAUGAAUCACAAUAUUUAUCACGAAGUUGUCCAUUUACCUACUAAUUUUAACAACAGUUACUCCUCAAAUUCUAAACAAUGUGUAACUGAAUUAAAAAGUACAACAAAGUCGGUCUUUGGAACCAAUAUUCAAGUAAAAAGAAUAAAUAUGAAUAAUGGUUUGAGUAACCGCAUACAAACGGUUGUACGAAACUUCCAAAAGAAAACUAAAUUCAAUUUAAAAACCGAAACUGAGUUAUCUAUGUUUUCAAAUCUUGCAGAAGAUAAUGACAAGUAUGAAAUUAUUAAUGAAAUACUGAAUAAGAUAAAACACCAAAAUCCAAUUUCUGGUUUUAGAGAAAUUCAUAACAAUGAGUAUCCACAAUUACACCAAAAAGCAGCAAAAAAAUGUUCAAGCACAAAAAUUCCGCAGAAGCAUAAUGAAUGUAGUAUAUCCAAUACAUAUACAUUCAAUGUAGAUGACAUGUUGGUAUCAAAUGCAGUUCAAGGUUGUUCAAAUGUAGAUGGCAUGCAGAGUAAUGAGGAAUCUAUUGGAAAUAAUACAACUGACAAAGAAAAAUUACCCGAGUUAGUACAAGAAGCUACUUCGGAAUAUUCAAACCUAGAAGACGUGCAAGGCAACAAGGAAUCUAAUAAAUCUAAUAUAACUAUCCAGAAAGAGUUGAACCGGUUGGUACAAGAAGCGGUCCAGGAAUGUUCAAAUCUAGUAGAAUUGCCAUUGCAGGGAGACGAUGAAUGUAUUUAAUUUAAAAUGUUAAGGUUACCGGCUAAUUA